UCUGUACGGGUUCUGCAAACCAGCUAUCUAUUCCUGAGGUUGAGAUGGGUGUCCAUCAGUACGUGCGUUGGCAGGCCUGUCAACUGGCUUUGACCUUGGGACCUGACCUUGGACAAUCAUUCUUUGAGGAUGUCAGUGAUUUAACUCAAGCAGCAAAAGCCCUGCGAACAGAGACAAAGAAAAACCUAGCUCUGAGUGGAUUGCAAGAAUUUGUGACUUUGUUGUCAGAAGAUACGAUCUACUUGUGUUCUGGCCAUGUCUCCAGCCAGCAGAUAGAUGCAGAACUUGAAGAAUUUCCGUCUGAUGACUUCAGUUGCUACAAACACUUUAUAACCUCUUUAAAAAUUGAAGGAAAUAAGCUUGAAUAUUUACCAGAAGACUUUUUCAUUGAGUUUCCAUCGCUGCUGGAUUUGCAGCUGGUUCACAAUGACCUCUUUUGUUUGCCAUCUGGUGUGGGUAACUGCAAAAGCUUGUGCAACCUGAAGGUACGAGACAACCUGCUACAGACGCUACCAGAGGAUUUGGCAGAAUGCCCUAAACUCAGAUCCCUGGAGCUGAGUGGAAAUCCAAUGGAUAAAAUCCCACCUGUGGUCACAAAGAUUAAGAGCCUGGAAAGACUUUACAUCAGUUUCAUGCAGCUUCACGCGUUGCCUGAAGAUAUUGGUAGUUUGACAAAAUUGAUCGUACUAAAUGCAUCUGGCAACUGUCUGUCGACUUUGCCUCCAAGUUUCUCUAACUUGAAGAACCUCACCCAGUUGUAUCUGAAUGGAAUCCCUUGGUUGCCUCUGAAGCAAAACACUCUGUUGUCAAGGGAACAUUUUGAUAAAUUCCUGGAAAAGCAUGCGCAUCUCUUGGACUGGCUGGAAGACCAUGAUCAUGACAAGGCUUUGUUAUACGAACAGUUUGAUGAAGACCAAAAUGGCACUUUAGAUGUCAGUGAAGUUGCAAAGUUGAAUGCCACCCUUUUCCACAUUUUCCCUAGAUUUGGUCACCAGGGAAAAGAGGUGCCAGAUGAUGAAUCUUACAGUGGUUUUCCAGAGGAGAUUCUUGGGCUGGAAAAACUGGAGUACUUGAGUCUGCAGUAUCAAGGGCUGGUAACUCUGCCAGAAACUAUCAAAACCUUGUCCAAACUGAACAAAAUAAACCUGGCCCAUAAUCCUUACCUGACAACCGUUGCCGCAGCUGCAGGAGAACUUCCUCUCAAGAUGCUGGAGCUUGAAGAUUGUCCAUCACUGAAGACUCCACCCAAGGAGAUCCGAGCCCGUGGGUUCUCUAGCACCUAUGCUUACCUCCGGCGCUUGCUGACGGGCUCUGUUGACUGUCACCGCACAAAGCUUAUGUUUGUCGGUCUGGGAGGCGCAGGAAAAACCAGUUUGUCCAGAGCACUAUUAAGUGGAAACCUAAGAACAGAAGCGAAUGCCUUGGAGGCUAUCACAGAUGGAAUUGAUAUCAGCACCUGGACAGUAAAGUCAAAGGAUGAUCACAUAUCAUACAGCGUUUGGGACUUUGCUGGUCAGACUGUCUACUACAACACUCACCAGUUUUUCCUAUCUGACCGUGCUGUGUACCUGUUGUUAUGGAACAUUCGCCUGGGCCAUGAACACGCUGGUCUGGACUUCUGGCUUAGCUCCAUCUCUGUCCAUGCACCCAAAGCACCUAUAUUUGUUGUUGGUACCCAUUUGGAUAAGGUUUCAAAAACUGAAAUUCCAAUGGCUGAAAUGAAACAGAAGUAUCCACAGAUCGCUGGAUUUCAUUUCAUUAGCUCCUAUACAGGAAAGGGUGUCGCUGAACUUCAGCAGCAACUGUUUGAUGUGACCUUACAACAGCCAUACAUGGGGGAGAAGAUUCCUGGCGUCUGGCUCAACUUUGAGAAGAAAAUUAUGGCUAAUCAACAUAAGGAAAGUGUUGUGAAGUACCAGGAUAUAGAGACCAUGGCUGGUGAAGCAGGAAUAUUUGAUCAAUCCGAGGUAUCCCAAGCUGUCCAGUUCCUCCAUGAUCUGGGUUCCCUGCAGCACUUCAAUAAUGAGUUUCUCAAGUCCUAUGUGGUGAUCAACCCUCAGUGGAUUGUGGAUGUCAUGACCUGCGUGGUGUCUGUCAAGGAUUCCCCUAUACAGGAGGGAAGAUUCCACCAUAAAGAUAUAGGGCAGGUGUGGAAGGACUACCCAGCUGAGUUACACCAGUGGUUACUGAGACUGACAGAAGAGUUUGAUCUGACAUUCCCCAUGGCAGACCAACAGCUAAACCUCGUACCUUGUCUCCUGCCAGAGGUACAUCCACAGAUUGACUGGCCUGAGCUGGACAGGAAUAGCACGGAGAGAGAGACAAAGAUGAUUUACAAGUUCACCUACCUGCCAGCUGGCUUGUUUAAUAGAGGACAGGUUCGUCUGUACCAGUUCUCAGAUAGUUCCCUGAUCUGGAAACGCGGAUCCUUGCUGCGUAAGAAUGGGCACAAGGCACUACUGCAGCAGACGCGCACGUCAGAACUUGUGGUUAAAGUUCAAGGUCCUCGCCCAGAGAACAUUCUCUUUCUGAUCCAUGAAGUGUUUGAGGGCCUCAUCGCGGAAUCAUUUCAUGGAGUGACAUACGACUAUCUUAUUCCGUGCCCAGACUGUCUGAAAUCCGCGACCCGAGAACCACACAUGUUUGCAGCCUCCACAGUUAGAAGAGCAUCUGAACUGAAAGCCCCCUUCCUGCAGUGCAUGAAAUAUUUCCACACAAUCUCUGUCAUUGAUUUGUUGGCUAGCAUGCCACCAGACAAUAACACAGACUAUGACAUUCACUUGGUGUCAGCAGUUAGAGGUCUCAAAGAUCUAAAGAAAGACUUGUCAGCAGAUUUGUUUAUUUCCUACUCACCUCAGAAUGUUUCUGAGGCAGUUGGCCCAGACAAGGUACACUCUGAUCUCAUUGGUGCUGGCUACAAAUGUUGGUAUCCCAAAGAUGGCCGCCUGAAGAAUGUGGACCAGAUGGCUAAGGCUCUGAUGGACUGCCAGGUGUUUGUGGCUCUCAUCUCUAAUGAGUACGUCCUCGACAAAACCUGCUGCGACAUCUUCAAGUACGCAAGACUAAUCCUGAAGAAACCAGUCAUCCUGGUCGUCGUGGGCAAGGGGUUUGAGUGGAGACAAAGCAAACUGGGCAUUCUGCUCGCUGAUGAUCUGUUUGUGAAUAUGCAGAAGAUGGAAAAUUACCAAGAAAAACUGAAGGACCUGCUGGGGCUAAUAAGGGAGAGAACUCACUUAGAGAACAAAGAUGUGGAACAUCCACCAUGUUUCAUCAGCUACUCCUGGCAGAACUCAGCUGCGGCUGUUUCCAAGGGAACAAGGCACACGACAGGUGCCCUUGGGUUUGGUGACCCACGAGGAGUGAAGGACUACCUGGAUGAGAAUGGGGUCAAGUGUUGGAUAGAUGUGGAAAGAGUUGGAGUGAACGGCUUGUUUGAGGACAUUGCGGAAGGCCUGUUGAAUGCCAAGAUAAUGGUGGCGUGCGUAUCUGAUGAGUAUGCCAUGUCUCCUAACUGCCAGUUUGAGUUCCGCUUUGCAGCCAACACACUUAAACUGCCCAUUGUGCUAGCUGUGAUGGGUACAGGGAAUGCCUGGAGAGCCAAAGAGGUGGGUUUUCUCUCCAUUGAGUACCCAAUAGUGAGUUUCCAGGAGAAGAGUGAGUCUGCUCACCAGAAGCUGCUCACCCUGGUGAGCGAGAGGCUGAAUGUGAACCUGGGGGAGGAGAAUGCAGAGGUGAAGAAGAAGAAGAAAAAUGAGAUCAAUGAAUCUCACAAAAACAUGUCCUUCCAGGAGCUGUAUGAACUGGCACAGAGGAAGUUUCUACGUCAGGUAGCUCACUAUGCAGCCAAACAGGAGGCUCUCUACCCACGUCUAUUUGUUGCUGACUUUGUUCCUGAUGAUUCAGAAAGCAACCAUUCUAAAGAAGAGGCAAAUGAACUGACCACAGACGAGUCCAGCGAGCGUCGGCCAUUGGUGUCAAAGACCUCCAAGGCAUCCAUUGAUAUUCAGGAUGAUGACAAACAGGACUUUCACAACAAGAAGUACUGCUUCUAUAUCCUAUGUGAACACGAAGAGGGUUGGCACUGCUGCUCCUCCCCCCUCAAGGCCCCGGACUGGUUUGGUCAGUCCAGGCUGGAGAAGUACUCCCCUUAUCUAGCCCGCAUCACCACCAUCCUCCGCUACAACAGACAGCUCAUGUUAAACUGUAUGGCAGGGCAGGAUGGCGACAAAUACCUGCACUGGCUAGAACAGAACCCCCAAGCUGUCGAGUCCGACUUUCAGAGCACUUACCAAGACUUACGACAGGAAGUUAUAAAUGCAGACCAGUCUCAAACGAUGGGGAAUCUGGCACGUUGUCACUUACCCAAUGGCAAAACGAUCUGGCUGUGCGAAGAGCAUCAGAAAGCCUCAAGGGUCAGCAUCCUGAGUAAUGAGUUUGUUGGCAUGACAACGGGCAGCACUGAGACAACAACUGAAAACCUGAUGUUGGAUCACCUGAGCCAGCUGGACAGUCAUGCCCUUAUGCAGCAGUUUGGCUCAUCCGAUAAAAGAACUAGGAAAUCUGUUCAUAAAAGACGUGCAGAGGGAAAGAAGAGACGGCCCAAACCACAAAAAUUGCCCAAACCACACAGUGCAUCUGUCAGAGAGACACCUGGGACAACAAAUCGUACAGUGACAGCACCUGUGACAACAUACCAAUCAGCGACAACCACUGUUCCUGAGGAUAGAAGUUCUUCUGCCAUACCUGCUCACUUAAAGGUGGAUGAUGCAAAUUUGCAGAUUCAGAAACAGAGGGAGACCUCACAGGGAGAUAACUCUGCACCUGUAAUAUUGAGUGAAGCCAGCGUUGCUAAUGCCACACCACAGUCACAAGAUAGUAGGGAUAAUGACAGCCAGAAUGAAUCUACAAUUCAACAACCCCUCAUAGAACAAAGUAGAAACUUGAUUGUAGCAUCACAAUUGCAAAAAAUGCGCAGUCAGCUGCAUAAGGUAGAGUCUGACAACCCCACACCAAGACGUCAGACGAUUGCGGCCGAAAAAGCGUCUGAACCAAGAUCAGAUGCCAGCAGAAACCCAGACUCUCGCCCUCAGCCCAGAGACCAUGUGCCCAGAGCACCUCAGUCUGCUGGGAACACCCGGAGGGCUAACAAGUCUGCAGCAUGUACCAUUACUUGAAAAUUGAUCUUUUAUAGGGAGAAAAAAAUCAUCGCUUGUGGCUGUUGGGGAGAUAAGCUUGUACAGGCUGUGAACAAUUUUAGGGUUGGCUUAUUUAUUCAAAAGUGACCAAGGCUUUAACCCAGAAAAUCCUUUUUCCACUAUGAGCCAAUUCAUGCUGAUUCGGUAUCCCUCUAAGGUGUUGAUUUAAACCCUAAGUGAAAUUUUUAUUAUGUGAUCACUCUUUAAUACUUGUCACAACCUGUGAUUGAGAAAAAGGCACUUCUUGCUAGAGUUUAUAGAGUUGACAUGGCUGUCAAAGUUGAUAUACUGUAUACACACAUGUAUUCUGGCAGAGGAGUAUUCACUAAUACAUCACGAUGUACUGUAAGGUGAGCGCCCUUAGAUAGGUGAUCUCCCUUGGGUGGGUGACCUCCCUUGAUUAGGUUACCGCUGGUUAGAUGACUUCCCUUAGUCGGGU